AUGACAUCUAUUACCCUCAACACGUUGCCGGCAGACAUUCUGCUCCUCAUCUCAAAAUAUCUGGACUCAACAAUGCUGUUGAACUUGGCGCUGGUCGACAAGCAAAUCUAUGCCUCUGCCUGCCAGACGAUGUUCCGCUCGAUAACGCUGAAAGCUGCAAACCUACGGGCGGAYAUCGAUACGUGGGGCCAUAUUCUACUGCGAAACUCGGCCAUGGAAGUUGUUCGCCACUUGCGUGUUGAUGGCGGACCAGAAGCCGUUGAACACUUCCCAUCAUCUAAAGACGAAGCCUCGGAGACGGACUUCACGCCAUUAUUGGCGUUUCUCAACAAGCUGUCUGCCUUGACAAGAAUUACUUGGACGUGCGUUUCCCAAUUCCCAGAGGCCAUCCUAGACGCCAUCCACCAUCGCUUUCCAUCUUGCCAAGUUCACCUGGAUAAGCUCCGACUGUAUAGUGUUUUCGAUACCUCUCUCCACGCGUACGAAGAGCGAUUGCUAUCAUCUCCCAAUCUCCAUACCGUUCGUUGUGGAAUCAAUAUAGGCCACGACAAGGUCUUUUUGCGAGUGUUGAGUUUAGCCCGCAAUAUCAAGAACCUCGACCUCAACAAUGGCAAAGACUGUGUGGUGCUUCCAAAGGCAUAUCUUGAAAUUCCACAAGACUCACCUUGGUUACUCGCCAAGGGCCCUCCGAGCCAUCUUGAAAGUCUGGUUUAUCCGGGCUCCCUAGAUCUGGUUACAUUGACCAUGUGGAUGAAUGCCAUAGACACAACCACCCGGCUUCGUAAUUUGGUCCUGGAAAACAUUUGGGGUCAUAAGGCCCGACCUGACUCCUUCGAAUACAUGCGGCAAAUGUGCGACUUCAGAAUGCUCGACAAGCUUGAUCUACAUGUCCCCACAACAAGCAGCGAUGUCGAUGAGAAUGCCUUGGCUGUAGCCGCCCGAUCCUUUCUCUGUAGCCUACGGCCACUCUCUACACUCACGCUCUCUGGUGAUUUGGAUUACACACUGCUGAGACUAGUACUCGAACAUCAUGGUCAAAAGCUGCGAACUUUGAAUCUAAAUCCAUCAGUAGGAAACAUAUAUCCCGACGGGAUUUAUCUGAACCGUGUCGCAGGUACCUCCCAAGAACUGUCUCUGCUACUAUCGCAUUGUCUACUUCUAAAAGAAUUAUCAAUCCCCAUCCCACGCACAUGCGGUGACAAACAUGAGACAGCUAUUUAUAGCGUAAUAGGUUCGCUACCUCGUCUACAAAACGUCCAUAUCAUCCUCGAUGCCAGAAACCCAGCCUACUUCGAAGAGCCAGAAUUAUGGGACGAAGAAGAAAUACCCACUGCCACAGAUUUCGAUAAUUGGGACAAUGAAUUCUUAGGCAACUGGGCGCCUGAGCAAGGGCUUGGGCCACGAAAAGGUUCCACUCGCAAAGCAUUCAUCAAUAGCGCCAUCGACGAGAUUCUCGUACAGAGGAUUUUCGAAAUCAUCGAUGCUGCUAAGCCUGAAUGUUCGUUGUCUCUAGAGGAAGUAUCUUUCACGGCCCUUCCUGGCGGAUACACAGGCGAUGGAGUGACGUCUGUUGGUAUCGUUGAUGUUUGUGACAUCAUGGCAAAACAUUGGAUUGUGCGUCGUAAUCCUAGGGAUGAUAAAAGGGACCAAAUUGAUUGUAUGGAAUGGUCUGGUGAUUUUUCUAGAUUUGAGACCCGGGAAGCCAGAAGGGGUAUUUCGAGAGAUGAAGGAUAUUUUGAGUGGGAUUGCGGAUGA